AUGUGUACCCUUUGUACAAAGGUAUUUCUCUUCUUGGCAUCAAGUAAAUAUGGCUUAUCGUUGAAUUGGACCGGAGCAUCAUCCAAGCUUCUCUUUUCCAAUAAGUCAUGCCAACAAAAUUGCGAAUUUCAUUUUGUGGAAUCAAUACCCGAAAAUAUGACUUAUCCUGUGCAGUCAAAUUUUCCUUCAACAACUGAAAUAUGGAAACGAUUAAUUGGUUCAGCUGAAAAGUCGAUUGAUAUCGCAUCAUUUUACUGGAGUUUACUUUCAGAAAAUACUGGCUCAUAUAGAGGUCCAUCAACUCAAGAUGGUGCUGAUAUAUACAAUGCAUUGAUUGAAGCAGCAAAAAAAGGCAUCAAAUUGCGAAUUGUUCAAGACGCAAAAAAUAAUAAUGAGACCAGAACAUUAGAAAGUGAGAAACUGGCUGAAGUGCGCAGUUUAAAUUUUUCGAAUUGGUUUGGUAGUGGAGUAUUACAUACGAAGUUUUGGAUAGUCGAUUCGAAGCAUUUUUAUUUGGGAUCGGCUAAUCUUGACUGGAGAUCUUUAACACAGGUGAAAGAACUUGGUGUCGGCGUAUUCAAUUGUGAGCGUUUAGCAGAAGAUUUAAUGAAAGUGAUGAAUGUUUAUUGGGAAAUGGGUGCACCAGGUAAGAAAUUACCAUCGUCAUGGCCAAACGAGCUAGCAACUCCUUAUAACGCUAAAAAUCCGAUGGUAACUACGCUUAACGGUGAACAAAAUAAUGUUUACAUUUCGAGUGCACCACCAGCUUUUUGUACCAGAGGUCGUAUGAAUGAUCUUAGUGCAAUUUUGCAUGUUAUCAAUACUGCUCGAAAAUUUAUACAUAUAUCAGUGAUGGAUUACUUCCCGACUACCUUAUAUUUAGCAAAUAAUAGAUACUGGCCUGUUAUCGAUGAUGCUUUGCGAAAAGCCGCAUACAAUGGUAUUAAAGUGAAAUUAUUAAUAAGCAAAUGGAAAACUACGCGACCGUCAUUAUUUGCUUUUUUGAAGUCAUUAGCAGUCAUUACCUCAACUUUACCCUGCAAACGAACUUAUGAUACAAAAAAAAGAAAGCUAAUUUGUGUGCCGGAUACAACGGGUUCUAUUGAAGUACGUAUAUUCAUAGUACCAACGAUAGGCGAUCAGAAAAACAUUCCAUACGCUCGUGUAAAUCAUGCAAAAUAUAUGGUUACUGAUAACAGUGCUUUAAUUGGCACAUCGAACUGGUCAGCUGAUUACUUUAUCAAUACUGCAGGCGCCAGCGUUGUAAUUCGACAACAUAACACGACAUUAAAUUCGGAAAUAAUUCUUAAUUUAAAUGAAAAAAUUUUCAUGCGAGAUUGGAAUUCAACUUAUGCAUCAUCCCUAUCAGAGUUUGAUGAUAGAGGUUAUCGAAUGAAAAAUGAUACUUUAGUUCCUGAAGAUUAA